CUUUUUCGUUCCCUCAUGGACGGAGAAACUACACCAGCAGUUACACCAUUUGAGGAGUUUGAGAGGGUUUUGCAGGAGUUAAACAUGCCGGAUUUCGACCUAGAAACAGGACUAGCCAAAGGGUCGAUGUCUGAGAUGAAUUUGAUAUCAGCUUCUCCAGAAUGGACCUUGGAGAAGUCGUCAUCAGAUUCAACAUUGGACGCAGAAUGGGUGUCCAUUUCAGCUUCAGAGGCAGAUGGUGUAGACGAUGUGUUUUUGGAAACUGAGGUUUUUCAAGCCAAAUCGGAUGCAUUUUCAGCUUUGACCGAUUCAGUAGUCCCAACCGUAGAGGUAGUGGAGUCCUCGUUAGCGUCCAGUGCUGACCUGGAUCCAGUCCCAGAUUUGGUGACUGAGUUAGUACCAAAUACAUCCCUGGAAACAGAAGCGCAUGCUUUAGGCGCAUCAUUGUCAGGUUCCGUUGUUGAAUCGACUGGCCUGACCGAUUCAGAUGGGAUUUACAUGAUUCCAGAUGCAGACUGGACGACAAGCGGAGAUGCUCUUCUUGCAGAUUUGGAGUCCACAACUUCCCAUAUUUGCGAACAAGCUGUGUUUCUCCCAGACGAGACGCCAUAUUCGUGCCCCACAGGAAAUGACUGUUACAAGGAAGUGUUCUCCCCAUCUCGACUGACUUCCCCUUCUGUACAAGCUCUGAAUGGAACUUUGUCAGAAAAACCAGAGUCAAAGCACUCAUCAUCCCAGUCUUUCAGCUCAGUUCAGAAAAGCGUCAGUCCUCCUGUGUCGGAGUCUGACGAAGAGCACGUUUACAGUUUCCCCAACAAACAGAAGACUACUAACUCACCUGCUGCAGUCAUGAGCUCAUCGCUGGGCAGUAAUCUGUCUGAGCUGGACCGACUGUUGCUGGAGCUCAACGCUGUACAGCACAACAUUCCAUCAUUCCCUACUGAAGAAGCGUACACCCCUAAACAAGCCAGCAACACCCAGCGAUAUGUUCCAGAAAAUGGUGUCUCAUCAGUAGUGAAAGUUUCUCCUCCCAAGUUAGAGAAACCCAAACAGCAUGCAGCAGGUCGGGGGAUCGAAGACGUCAGGCCCAGUGUGGAGAGUUUAUUAAAUGAACUGGAGAGCUCCGUUCCAGCCCCUGCGCCUGCUCCAUCAGUGCCCCAAGUUCCUGAGUUUAAAGAAGCUCAGGAUGAUACUCCAGCCCAGCAGCAAGCUAGAAUCUCUGCCUCCUCUGCUACACGAGAGCUUGAUGAACUCAUGGCUUCACUAUCUGACUUCAAAGUUCAGAGCAAUAUUAUGGCUCAGGGCAAAAGUUCCCCCACCAGCGUUUCGAAGCAGGGGAAUAAACUGGACAACAUGCUGGGCAACCUGCAGUCAGACCUCAACCGACUGGGUGUUCAAACUGUAGCCAAAGGAGUUUGUGGAGCUUGCAAGAAACCCAUCGCUGGCCAGUUGGUGACAGCAAUGGGUCGGACGUGGCAUCCAGAACAUUUUGCGUGUACUCACUGUCAGGAGGAAAUAGGCUCCAGAAACUUCUUUGAGCGAGAUGGACACCCGUACUGUGAAAAGGAUUACCACAGCCUCUUCUCUCCACGCUGUUACUACUGCAAUGGACCCAUUCUGGACAGAGUGGUGACCGCAUUAGACAAGACUUGGCAUCCGGAACAUUUCUUUUGUGCCCAGUGCGGGUCAUUCUUUGGCCCUGAGGGUUUCCAUGAGAAGGAGGGAAAGGCGUACUGUAAAAAAGACUACUUUGAUAUGUUUGCCCCUAAAUGUGGUGGCUGUACCCGUGCUAUCCUGGAGAACUACAUCUCUGCCCUCAACUCUCUUUGGCAUCCAGAGUGUUUUGUCUGCAGGGAGUGUUUCAUUCCAUUUGUGAACGGGAGUUUCUUCGAGCACGAAGGGCAGCCGUACUGCGAGGCUCAUUACCAUGAGCGCCGCGGCUCGCUCUGCUCCGGCUGUCAGAAACCCAUUACCGGCCGCUGCAUCACAGCCAUGGGCAAGAAGUUUCACCCCGAGCAUUUCGUCUGCGCCUUCUGCCUUAAACAGCUGAACAAGGGCACGUACAAAGAGCAGAACGACAAACCGUACUGCCAAAGCUGCUAUGUGAAGCUCUUCAGCUAGAAAAUCUGUGCCAAUUUACGAUGGUGUUGCAGUGUGUGUAUGUGCAUGCACGCCAAAAUGAUUCCAAAGGGUUGAUGUUAAAAAAAAAUUCCCACAGUGCCCUCUGGUGCCAUAAUGGGCAUUACACCAGCUUGUUCAUGUGCCAAGCCGCAAAGCACUGUCAAACAAGUGUAGAUCUUCAGGGAGGCCAAAAUGAUUUUUAACAGCCUUUUUAAAACGCUUCCCCUGGAUGUUAUCAAAGACUAAAUAUGAGUGUUUGUGGAGCUAUUUUAGAUAUUAUCGAUUGCAUCGGACAAAUCAACAAGAUCUAUUUUUGUAUUUGUUAUACACACUGAGCUUAACUUAAAUACACAUACACAUGCACCUCUUUGCACAUUUCAGGAGAAAACCUGUUCUUCCUUUUUCACCCUGCUGCUUUCUUGGACAAAAAUGCGCGUUUUGUUUUGCUUCCGUCAUUCGUUGGCUAUGUCAGGUUUUCUAAAAGGUGCAAUUAUUGCUUGGUAUAAAUAAAAUCUUAAAGUUAUAUUAUACUGUAUCAUUUUUUUAAUUUUCAGUACUCAGAUUUUGGAUAGCCUUGGUUUUAUUGUGCAUGUAUUACUUAGUAUAUACACUUUAUAAAGUGUGCUUUUAGUUUCUCUUUUUUUGUUGAUGGUUGUUUCUAUUUUUCUAUUUCAUGGGUGGUUUCAAUUUUCUGUAUGUUUGGAGUGUUAGAUUUUAUUUGAUUCUUGUAUUUAAAAUAAGCCUUCUUAAAGAUACCAGUUAGGGUCCUGUUUAAUUGACUAUGCAGUGUUCUAUAAUGUGCCUAUUGCCACUGGGCAUAUUUAGAGAUUUACAUACUGAUUUUUGUCUUAACUUUUCAUCUCAUAAUAAAAGAGUAUUAUUAAUAAUUUUAUGAUGUGUUCUUACCCCCUUUUCCUUUUUAUCUGGUCCUACUGUAUGCGAGUAAAUAUAUUAAAGUCUUAUGAAUUUUAAUUGAUGGCUUUACUUUAAAAGGUUAUGGCUUUUGUUUAUCUUUUUUAGUAAUUUAAAGAUUUUAUCUUCAUCAGGGUGAUGCCAUAUUUUAUACUUAAUUGACUGAUUAAAUGAAAACAUGGGUCUAAAUGUACUGUACAAGUCAUUUUAUAAACACCAGGAUGUAAAUGGUUGAUUUGUGCACAUUUAAUUUUUCUGCAGCUGCAUUGAAGUCCAUGAAAUGUGAUAUUAUAUCUGUAUAGAACUUAUUCAGCCACGCCGCUUUUCAGCGCUGCAUGCUUCCGUGUUUUGUCUCUUACCUUCCGGUUUGAAUUGAAGCUACUGAGAAAAGCCGAUCGAAAUGGAAUACUUGUGGGAGCACAGAACGUAUUUUUCACCAAGUACUGAUGGUGUGAGUCUGCACCACCCUUUACUAUGUAAAAAUACUCAUGAGAUGUUUUUGCAGUCACUGUAAAUGUUUGUUUCCUAACACUUACGGAGGUAAAUUGGACCUGGCAGAUCACAUUCAUACAGCUAUGACACAAUGCACUUUUUCAUGAUACACGCGUUUAAUAGUCAUCUGUAAUUCUGCUUAAUUUUUUUUAAGUUUCACCUUGUUAAUAAUUUGUUAAUGUGUAGUUAAAGUAAACUUUCAAACAGUGACGGCUCGUAUUAUUUUAUAAGCAUGUUCAUAACAUUUAAGGAAAUUACAUUUGUAUUAUUUAAAAUUAAUUUUUCACCCCACAUUUUUACAAGGAUUAAAUUUGAUUACAGUUGUUGUA